CCCGCCACACUUCCGGAGUUAACGGAGGCAACAACAACUCACUGGAGGACAAGAAGUCAAUUUUCAGUUAAAUGAGGACACUGGCCAAAUCGAUCCAAAAUGAUGGUGGGUAUAACUCUUCUCCUCACUGGGGUCCUAGUCUCUGGAAUACUGCUGCACAAAGCCAACCAAAACACAGCAUAUGUAUCUACACCCUCGGAAAGGCCCAACUUCAUCAUCAUACUGGCUGAUGAUAUAGGCUGGGGUGACCUGGGGGCCAACCAGCCAGGGCAGAGAGCAAACAACACCCCCAAUAUAGAUCUACUGGCUCUCCAAGGCCUCAGGUUGACAGACUUCCAUUCGCCGGCGUCCACCUGCUCUCCGUCCCGCGCCGCCAUUCUCACCGCUCGCUACGGCGUCCGGAACGGCGUGACACACAACUUCGCCGUCCGAUCGGUGGCGGGCCUGCCCCUGUCGGAGGUGGCGUUGCCACGGUUACUGCAGGAGUCCGGCUACUACACGGCCAUGAUAGGGAAAUGGCACCUGGGUCACUGCGGGCCCUACGCUCCGACGAGCCGAGGGUUCGACUACUACUUAGGAAUUCCCUACAGUAACGACAUGGGCUGUACGGACGUUCCCGGAUCUGACCUGCCUCCCAGCCAACCCUGUUCUGCAGGCCCUCAGGGAGAGCCCAGCCUCGUGUUUCGAAAAUAUUGUUGAUCACAUGAGGCUGUUGACUGCAGAGUGGGCCUGCCGCUGUUGGAGAACUGCACCGUUGUGCAACAGCCUCUGGACCUGUGGACUCUCACCCUGCGCUACAGAGACGCAGCUCUGAGGAUCAUCCACUCUGCCAGGCAACGGAAACAGCCGUAUUUGCUCUACGUAGCAUUGGCCCACAUGCAUGUGCCCUUAGCCCCGCCCCCGGCUUCCUUCUCAACCAAUGAACUUGAUGGGGGGCGGGACGUGUAUGCGGCGAGCCUGCAGGAGAUGGAUGAUCUGGUGGGGGCGCUAAAGCGAGCGUCGGAUGAAACCAACCGUGAUAACACGCUCAUCUGGUUCACAGGCGAUAACGGCCCCUGGGAGAAGAAGUGUCAGUAUGCAGGAAGUGUGGGGCCGUACACUGGGACGUGGCAGACCAGCCGAGGUGGGGGCUCGGCCAAGCAGACCACCUGGGAGGGUGGCCACAGGGUGCCUACGGUGGCCUACUGGCCCAGCAGGAUCCCUGCCAACACCAGCAGCCACGCCUUGCUCAGUGGGAUGGACAUCUUCCCAACGCUGCUCUCCAUGGCCGGGCUGAAGCCCCCGGUGGACAGACGCUAUGACGGCAUCGACGCCACGGACGUCCUCCUGAAUGGUGACCAGACCGGCCGAGAGUUCCUCUUCCAUCCUAAUAGUGGUGCUUCCGGGCUCUUCGGGGACCUGCAGACCGUUCGAGCCGGGAAACACAAAGCCUUUUACAUUACAGGUUCAGCCGAGGCCUGUGGUGGGGGGAGGGGGACACAGCUGCUACAUGACCCCCCCCUGAUCUUUGACCUGGGCGUCGACCAGGCUGAGGCCACGCCCCUGGACGCCGGCGCCCCGGAAUACCAGGAAGUGCUGGGCAAAGUCACCAAAGCCAGGGAGGAGCUACUGUGGGACAUCGCCACCGACCAAUCGGUUUCCACGGCUGACUACACCCAGGACCAAUCAGCGGCGCCAUGCUGCGACCCGCAGCGCGCGUCCUGCCGCUGCCCUGGGCCGGCUGGAGGCUAGGGAAACAUGCACAUGGGCGCACACACACGCAUAUACACAUGUGAACGCACACACACACACACACACACACACACACACACACACACACACACACACUCACACACACACACACACACACACACACACACACACACACACACACACACACACACACACACACACACACACACACACACAAAAAACAUACAUUCAAUGAUUUAUCAUUCAUAAAUUAAAGAAUUCAUUCAUAUAUUCAUUCACAGAAACACACACAAACAUAUAAACAUGUGCACGCACACACAAACACAUUCAUUCAUUCCUUCAUCAUUCAUAAAUUAAUGAAUAUAUAUUCAUUCAUAUGUUCAAUCACAUAUACACCCACACAAAUAUACGUUCAUAUAUACAGGUUGGCUUCACUUUGCAUCAGAAUUUUAUUGUAGUUUUCAUUUCUUUAUCACUCCGCCUCAGUUAGAUCGUGAUAGUCUCAUACACCAGAGUUCAAGCUCAAUCUCACGCUCUCUAUCGCUCUCUCUCCCUCCCCUCACUGACGUGUACACACACACACACACACACACACACACACACGGACAACACAAGGUCCAAAAACAAAGCGUGUUUAUCUUAUCUGGGCACACAGGGUCACAUAAAAACCGAUCACACAAGUGCACUAAUGCGUCUCGCUGCAGGCUAGGACCAGCCAAGCCUAGAUACAUGUAGACUAAGACACACACGCACGCACGCACACACACAGUAUGCCCAUGUUUGAUUUAUUUGUAUUAAGUAUUUCAUGGAACAAAUAUAUUUUAUAACAGUUCAGUUUUCAACCCCCCCCCCCCCCUGCAAACAACCAACAGAGACCAGAGUGGAAGGCCAAUUUCCCGCUUGUAGAGCAAACAUUGGUACCUAGUAGGGGGGGAACAACAGUUCACAUCUGUCCAAGUCAAUAGUUGAAGCCCACAAAACAAUCUGCAUUACUCCUUGUACUUGUGAUUUUGCUUUUGUUGUUCAAUUCGAUGAAUUGAUGAUUUUCUCUUCUAUGUGUUUUCUCUUUUGUUGUUCAAUUCAAGGAUUCAAGGAUUUCUCCUUGUAUGGGUUUUUUAUUUUUUUCAAUCACUUCAUAAGCUAAAUCAUAAUGUGUUGUGGCAAUGAAUUUGUCAGAAUGAAUAGCUUUUUAGGUCAAGUUUGGAGCCACAGUAGCCUGCCUGUCAGCAGAAUGUGGUAGUAAUAUCAGUUAGGUAUAUGAUUUCAAAAGUAUUUUUUUGGUUUAUCCAUUAAUUGGCUAUUUAUUGGUUAGUUAAUAAAUCAACUCAUCAACACUUAA